AUGAGCUCGACGAAAGACACCGGUGCUGGUGAGUCCAGGCGCCUGAGCAGGCACGAACGGCGCCAUGGUUCCAAGUCAAAGCCACCGCCGGAGCCAACAGUACAGAUCCCCAAGGCAGCGAUCGCCGUCGCCGCUGCUGUGCUCGUGCUGGCCGCCAUCCUGGGCGUGAAGACCAGCCUCCAGGCCGCCAGCAACAGCAAGCCCUUCAGCAUGGAGGGCUUCGACGCCAACGGGGAGAAGACCGGGGGACGCGGGCGGCAGCAGCAAACCUUUGAGCCUAGCGAGCGCGACACCACGGAGGAGGACGCCCCGAACGGCGACUGGCUCGAGGACCCCAUCAUGGCCAACACCAUGGGCAUCUCUCGGUGCGACAUCGAGCGGGUGCACCACACCAACAUGACCACUAAGCGCUUCUCUCGGCACUACGAGGGCGUGAAGCCGGUGAUCAUCGAGGGCCUUAUCGACGAGAAGUGGGCCGCCAGGGCCACGGGGCGGUGGUCGAGGCCCGGCCUGCUCUCCACCUUCUCCGACGCACCGGUGCACAUUUCGUCGGGGGCAGGCAUCGUACAUUCCGGAGGGGAGAGCCUGCAGACGGUGAC